AUGUAUUUCGCCGCAGUAUUGCUCGCUGCUGCUGCUGCCGUCAAGGCGGCACCAGCAAACUACGACGAUGGCUACGAAACCGUCAACAGCGCUACGCAACCUGUCCAGGUUCGCAUGUCCUACCAAGGCCCUACCGCUAUGAUGGUCUCUUGGAACACGUUCUCGCAGAUCCAGAAACCUACCGUCAAAUACGGACUGGAGCCAUUCUAUCUCUACCAGACAGCAUCUUCCGCCGAUAGCUACACCUACCCAACCAGUUUGACAUACAUGAACCAUGUCAAUCUCACUGGAUUACUCCCGGACACCACAUACUAUUACCUGCCUCAGGGUGGCAAUGAUACAACACCGUACUCAUUCACAACUGGUAGAGCCGCGGGCGACAUGGAUCCCUUCAGCGUCGCUGUCGUUGUGGACAUGGGCACCUUCGGCCCUCUCGGUCUUGGUACCACAACGGGCGUCGGGGCUGCCAAUCCACUCAAGCCGGGAGAGCAAACAACCAUCCAAUCCAUCUCCAAGCAGCUCUCGGGUUUCGACUUCAUGGUGCACCCCGGAGAUCUCGGCUACGCCGACGCCUGGUUGAAAGAGGAGAUUCAGAUGUACCUCCCGAAUACCAGCCGCAUCAUGUACCCCACCGUCUACGAGCACAUCAACAAUGCUUUCUACGACGAGCUCAUGAACAUCACGGCGUAUAAGCCUUACAUGGUCAGUCCUGGAAACCACGAGGCUAAUUGCGAUAAUGGAGGUACCACCGAUAAGACUACCGGUGUCAAGUAUACUGAGGCGAUCUGUCCGGUGGGCCAGACCAACUUCACUGGUUUCCGCAACCGUUUCAGAAUGCCUAGUGCUCGUUCUGGGGGGCUUGAGAACUUCUGGUAAGCGCUUCGCUCUUGAGAGUUUCCUGUAGUGGUGCUGACGUAUUCAGGUAUUCCUACGACCACGGCAUGGCCCACUUUGUCUCCAUCGACACCGAGACCGAUCUUGGACACGGCUUGGUAGGGCCUGACGAGGGCAGUCCAGAAUUCGGUGGACCGUUUGGAUUGAUGAACCAGCAAAUCAACUGGCUGACAAACGAUCUCGCUUCCGUCGACAGGACCAAGACACCAUGGGUUGUCGUCCUCGGACAUCGCCCAUUCUACAACAGCGCCGGUGGUAUCUGCGCGAACUGCAUCACCGCGUUCGAAGACAUCUUGUAAGUGCCUGUCGCCUGACGAAAGCACGAUCGCGAUGCUUGCUAACCCGUAAUUCCCAAAGCCAUCAAUACGGCGUCGAUUUGUAUUUCUGCGGCCACUCGCACGUCUACAACCGCAACGCACCCAUCUACAAGAAUAUCACCGACCCCAACGAGCUCAACAACCCUAACGCCACUUGGUACAUCGUCAACGGCGCGGCGGGGCACUACGACGGUCUCGACACCCUCAACUACCCCUUGAUGCCCUACACCCGCUACGCCCAGGACACGGCGUACAGCUGGAGCAAGCUGAUCUUCCACAACUGCACGCAUCUGACUCAGCAGGCCAUCGACAGUGGCAAUGGGACCGUCUACGAUCAGGCCACGCUGUUCAAGAAUAGGACUUGCGAGGAUUCUUCCCAGUUCCCGUUCACCAUUCCGACGGGAGUGCCGACUGCGCUACCGACUGCUUGGUAG